UGCUCCAUAAACAAUAUACGCAAACCGCAUAGAUACCAAAAGAGUGUGAGCGAAUGGAAACUCGUCUAAAUGGGGAAAAAGUUUCAUUCGAUUUCUCACCGUUUAUUCAGGUAUUAACAGGAUAAAUUACUUGGAAGUCAUUAAAAGAAUCUAAUAGUAUACUGUACAUUUAUACAUGGUAUUAAAUGGACAUCUAUACCGAUCACUUUUCUCGUUUGCUGAAGGAUGGUCAAAUUCUAUAAUAUUUGAAUGCUUGACUGUAGCUGCAUGCAUAAUAAAUAAUGGAUGAAACCGGAGAGGAGAGAUCUGGGACUCCUAGCGUACCAGGAUCCAACGAUGAUCUGAUGGAUGCUGAGUCGAGUCGUCCAGGAGAGCCACAGACCGAGGAAGAGCUGGAACGACUGAUAGACAAGGAGUUGGAAGAUGUCGGAAAAGGAGAGAAACCUGAUGAUAAAGAGGACAGACUGGAUGCUCAGCAGAGACAAAUUGAUGAAGAGCUGAGGAAACUCAGAGAGGAACUGGAGAUGGACUCCACCUCUCCAGACGACAUGACUCCGGAAUACGACAUCGCUGCUCGUGUCAAGAAACUCAACGAGGAGUUAGCCAAGGAGGGUCCCAUCGAGGAGAAGAAAAACAGGAAGGUCCAAUUUCCAGAGAAUGUGAUCAGCAUGGCUGUACCACCUGCGGAUUAUCCGGAGGAGGAGGAGACGAGAGAGGGAGAGGAAGUGGAAGGAGGAGAAGGCAAAGAGGGUGGAGAAGCAGUGCCUGGGAAGGGUAUUGGGGUGGAUGCUCCGCCCCAACAAGGGGUGAGGGAAGGCUGGGGUAACCCAGAAAAUGGGGUGAAAGGGGGUGCAGGAACUGAGCAGGGGCAAGAAGGAAGUGAUGUCCAGAAGCGCCAUGGUAGUAGUAGUGGGCAAGAGGAUGUAGAGUUGGUGUCGCCUAGUCCUUCAGAGUCUCUCCCUAAUAGGACUGAGGUUGGUUCAGGCAAGCCAAGUGAUACAAACACUGUUACUGAACAAAGUAAGGUUGUUCCUAGUAAUGAAAGCUCAGAGGAUGGUGCCGCUCCUCGGGACAAUCACAAGGAUGCAUCCUCAUCGGAUGCGGUUGAUGGUUCCGUCAACUUUUCUGGAAGUGGAGGUGUUAAUGCCAGUAGCAGCAGUGAUCCUAAUGAUUUGGAAGUGGAGAGAUUAACUCUGAGGCCUAAGGUGCAGAAUGAUAGGUUGUUAAGCCGAAAUUCUGGCCAGGGAGAAGAAACAAGCGCAACAAAUGGAGAAGGGGAAGAUGAAUAUGUGCUUGUUGAACGCGGUGGGAAAUUUGAUCAAGUGCAUGUCAAUGAUCUCAGUGCGGAGGAGAGGCAGAUGUUCCUUGGACUACAGGAGAGCCAGUCACAAUCAAACAGGAGUGGUUCCGAGCUACCGCUAGUACAGCCCAAGCCCCCUCAGAAACCACGCCCAGCAACGGCUACCGGAGGCGGGGCAAGGGCCGGUAACCAGAAGCCAUCACCCCGACGAGCCAUGUCUGCCAAAACUCAUAAGGAGUACGAUAGACAGGAUCGACCUGGAGCCAUCUACGACGAGCCAUUUGGGAACUCUCGCUCCAAGUAUGGAAUGACGCCGGAGCAGAAGGAGUUCAGACGGGAGCAGGCUCGCCUAAAGACGCAGAGGAUGAGGGAGGAGAAGGAGAGAGAGGAGCAGGAGAAGAGGGAGAAAGAGGAGAUGUCCGAAGCUGUCUUCAAGGCAUGGGUGGAGAGAAAGAAGGAAGAGGUUGCUCAACAGAAAAGGGAGGAGAGGGAGAGGAAAAAGGCAGAACAUGAAAAUACGGAGGAGAAGUUGUCAGAAGAGGCCUUUAAAUCUUGGCUGGACAGGAAGAAAGAGCAGAAAAAAUCAGAAGCGAGUGUCAAACAGCAGUUGUCCGAGGAACAGAAACAGGCGUACUUUAUGCGUAGCAGGGAAGAUUGUGAGAGAGCUUUCAAAGAAUGGAAGAAGUCCAAGAAUGCCACUCUGCGCGAGACCCGAUCCAUGAGUCGUGCCGGGGCCCUGGAGACCAGGAAGAGGGCCCGCCAAUCCCGCAAGUCACGCAACCUGUCCAAAGCCCUAGAGGUAGCGCAGAACUACCGUUACACAGAGUACUACGGCUACAGGUUUUAGAUGUCAGGCUUAUGCAGCUCUGUACUGUCCGGUAUGAUGGAUCAUUCGUACAGUUGCUCCUAUGUUGUUCUUUGAACCUUUGAUUUAUAAAAAAAAGCCAUUCAAAGGAUCAGUAUUAAACCAAUGGCUUGUCCUGAUUUGUGUUUGUUAUGACAAUUAAUAUCUUUUACAAAAAACUAACAUAAGAUAUAACAUCAUUUUCAGAAUUCCAACCCUGAAUUGUAUAGUACUUGUACAUUAAUGUCUGUCACCUUGAGACUCUAUUUUUAUUGUAUAUUUGUAUUUAUAUGUGUAAUCUAAUUCAACGGCAUAGUCUGAUACACUGUAGGAUCAAAUUUGAUAUUGUAUUCAAUAUUUAUGUUUAUAACUCCUCAUUAAUGAGCCUAUUUGAAUGAUUUCUAUGCAUGAGGAAUAAUUUUGUAGUAAAAUUGUGUCAAUUUUUAGUGUGUCUAAAAUGUGGGAUGAAAAGAUAAUUAGUGCAUUAAAUAUAGCCUUGAAAUCAGUUAUUAUAGUGCACUGGAGGUGAAAUUUCACAGAGAAAGUAUAAUCACCCAGAAAAUGAUGUUGGUUCCACCUUGUCAGUCAAUUAUAAAUUAUCCCUGCUUUCACAAACAUGAUUUAAAAUGAUGUGUAUAAAAGAAAAGAACUCUAUACGUAUAUGUAAUGAUGUUUAAAUAAUAUAAAAAGGGAAUUUAGUUACUAAUGAAGAUUUUAUCUCAUGAUAAAAACUCUGGCUCAUAUUCUUGAAAGCAAGCUAACUCAUUGGUAAACCAAUUUGUGGAGCGCAAGUCAAGGCAUGCAUCGUCAGACUAUGGUUUUAUCGCCACUAGUUGGGGUAGUACGAUAGUCCAAGAGAAUGGGAAUGCAUGUAC